CUUACGCCGGACCCUGGGGGCCACCAGGGUGGGGAAAGCAACAUUCAUAAGCAGAGCCAGGGACCUGGGAGCUGCACUCUACGGGACCCCGAGGCCAGAGGCUUCCCUGCCCCUGGAGAGUCACUUCCAGGUUCCAGCGGCUAUCCUGCAGGGGACUGUGCGCUCUGGUUGUGCGCUCUGCAAAUCCGACUCAGGCUGGGUAGAAGUUUCCCCGAGCUUUAAUGUUGGGGACUUGUCAGCCUGUAACAUGAAAAUGCUGCCGAUUUUGAUCCUGACAAUGGCUUGCUUCCAUGUUUGUGUGAGCCAAGAUUCUGAUCCUGAGUAUGCAGAUGUGGUGUUUCUGGUGGACAGCUCAGAUCACCUAGGGAUGAAGUCCUUCCUUCUUGUGAGAACUUUCCUCACCAAGCUGAUCAGCAGCCUCCCCAUAGAGGCCGACAAGUACCGUGUGGCCCUGGCCCAGUACAGCGAUGCUCUCCACAAUGAAUUCCAGCUGGGCUCCUUCAAGAAUAGAAACCCCAUGCUGAACCACCUGAAGAAGAACUUCCAGUUCAUCGGUGGGUCCCUGAAGAUAGGGAACGCCCUGCAAGAGGCUCACAGGACCUAUUUCUCUGCCCCCACAAAUGGAAGAGACAAGAAACUGUUCCCCCCGAUCCUGGUGGUGCUGGCUUCAUCCGAGUCUGAGGAUGAUGUGGAAGAGGCUUCCAAGGCCCUGAGGGAAGAUGGGGUGAAGAUCAUCUCAGUGGGGGUGCAGAAGGCUUCUGAGGAAAACCUAAAGGCUAUGGCCACAUCCCAGUUCCAUUUCAACCUCAGGACGGUCAGAGACCUCAGUGUGUUUGCCCCAAACAUGACACAGAUCAUCAAGGACGUAACUAAGUAUGAGGAAGGAAUGGCUGAUGACGUUAUCGUAGAAGCUUGCCAAGGCCCUUCUGUGGCUGAUGUCGUGUUCCUGUUGGAUAUGGCCAUUAAUGGCAGCCAGGAGAACCUUGACCAUCUGAAAGCAUUCCUGGAGGAAAGUGUCUCUGCCCUUGACAUUAAGGAAAAUUGCAUGAGGGUUGGCCUGGUGGCCUACAGCAACGAGACGAGGGUGAUCAAUUCGCUGAGCAAGGGUAUCAAUAAGACAGAGGUCCUGCAGCACAUACAGGGCCUAUCUCCCCACAUGGGGCUGGCCUACACUGGGAAUGCCCUCAGAAAGACCAGGAAGGAAGUCUUCAGUGCACAGAGGGGCAGUCGGAAGAACCAGGGGGUGCCUCAGAUUGCCGUUCUGGUGACCCACAGAGCGUCAGAGGACAACGUGACCAAGGCAGCUGUCAACCUCCGGCGUGAGGGAGUGACCAUCUUUACCAUGGGUAUAGAAGGGGCCAGCCAAGAUCAACUGGAGAAGAUCGCAUCCCACCCUGCAGAGCAGUUUGCCUCCAAACUGAGCAACUUCUCUGAGCUGGCCACCCACAACCAGACAUUCCUGAAGAAGCUACGGAACCAAAUCACACACACAGUCUCUGUCCUCUCAGAGCGGACUGAAACCCUCAAAUCUGCCUGUGUGGACACCGAAGAAGCAGAUAUCUAUCUGCUCAUUGACGGUUCAGGGAACACCCAGCCCACAGACUUCCACGAAAUGAAGACCUUCCUGUCAGAUGUGGUGGGCAUGUUCAACAUUGCUCCCCACAAGGUACGGGUCGGAGCCGUGCAGUAUGCCGACACCUGGGACUUGGAAUUUGAGAUCAGUAAAUACACCAGCAAGGCUGACUUGGGAAAAGCCAUCGAGAACAUCAGACAGAUGGGCGGGAACACCAACACAGGUGCAGCCCUGAACUUCACCCUGAAGCUGUUGCAGAAAGCCAAGAAGCAGCGAGGAAACAAAGUGCCAUGUCACCUUGUCAUUCUGACGAAUGGCAUGUCCCAGGAUAGUGUCCUGGAACCUGCACACAGGCUGAGAGAGGAAAACAUCCGAGUUCAUGCUAUCGGAGUCAAGGAAGCCAACCAAACACAGCUGCGGGAGAUAGCAGGGGAGGAGAAGCAAGUUUACUAUGUACAUGAGUUCGAUGCCCUGAGGGACAUAAGGAACCAGGUGGUUCAAGAGAUCUGUGCUGAAGAAGCCUGUAGAGACAUGAAAGCGGACAUCAUGUUUCUGGUGGACAGUUCUGGCAGCAUAGGACCUGAAAACUUCAGCAAGAUGAAGACGUUUAUGAAGAACCUGGUGAGCAAAUCCCAGAUUGGGGCGGACCGGGUGCAAAUUGGUGUGGUCCAGUUCAGCCACGAAAACAAGGAGGAGUUCCAGCUCAACACGUUCAUGACCCAAAGUGACAUUUCCAGUGCCAUCGACCAAAUGACUCACAUUGGAGAAACAACCUUGACAGGCAGUGCGCUGAGCUUUGUGUCCCAGUACUUCAGCCCCGACAAGGGGGCCCGGCCCAAUGUCAGGAAGUUCCUCAUCCUCAUCACAGACGGCGAGGCUCAGGACCUAGUAAGGGAACCAGCAGCAGCACUUCGGAGAGACGGCGUGAUUAUCUACUCAGUGGGUGUAUUUGGCUCCAAUGUCACCCAGCUCGAGGAGAUCAGUGGGAAACAAGAGAUGGUUUUCUAUGUUGAGAACUUUGACAUUCUGCAGCAUAUUGAGGAUGAUCUUGUUCUGGGAAUUUGCAGUCCCCGUGAAGAAUGCAAACGGAUUGAAGUUUUGGAUGUUGUGUUCGUCAUCGAUAGCUCUGGUAGCAUUGACUAUCAAGAAUACAACAUCAUGAAGGACUUUAUGAUCGGCCUGGUAAAAAAAGCUGAUGUGGGCAAAAAUCAGGUCCGGUUUGGAGCUCUCAAGUAUGCUGAUGACCCGGAAGUGCUGUUUUAUCUGGAUGAACUAGGCACAAAGUUGGAGGUGAUUUCAGUGCUCCAAAAUGACCAGCCCAUGGGGGGUAACACUUACACUGCUGAGGCCCUGGCCUUCUCCGAUCACAUGUUCACUGAAGCCCGGGGCAGCCGUCUGCACAAGGGGGUCCCCCAAGUCCUCAUUGUGAUCACCGAUGGAGAAUCUCAUGAUGCAGAGAAACUCAAUGCCACCGCCAAGGCCCUGAGGGACAAAGGCAUUCUCGUCCUGGCAGUGGGGAUUGCUGGUGCCAAUAGCUGGGAGCUGUUAGCCAUGGCAGGCUCAAGUGACAAGUACUACUUCGUAGAAACAUUUGGAGGCCUGAAAGGGAUAUUUUCCGACGUAUCAGCCAGUGUCUGUAACUCUUCAAAAGUUGAUUGUGAAAUCGAAAAGGUUGACCUUGUUUUCCUCAUGGAUGGGUCAAACAGCAUCCAUCCAAAUGACUUCCAGAAGAUGAAGGAGUUUCUGGCGUCAGUCGUUCAAGACUUUGAUGUCAGCCUCAACCGGGUGCGCAUAGGAGUGGCCCAGUUCAGCGACAGCUACAGAUCAGAGUUUCUGCUGGGGGCAUUCACGGGGGAGAAGGAGAUCUCUUCCCAGAUUGAGAGCAUUCAGCAGAUCUUUGGGUACACCCGUAUCGGAGAUGCACUCAGGAAGGUGAGGCACUACUUCCGGCCGGACACGGGCAGCAGGAUCAACGCAGGCACCCCUCAGGUGCUGCUGGUCCUCACAGACGGCCGGUCCCAAGAUGACGUGGCUCAGGCCGCUGAGGAGCUGAGACACAAAGGUGUGGACAUCUACUCAGUGGGCAUUGGGGACGUGGACGACCAGCAGCUGGUCCAGAUCACAGGGACAGCAGAGAAGAAACUGACGGUGAAUAACUUCGACGAGCUGAGAAAGGUGAAGAAGAGGAUCGUUCGCAACAUCUGUACCUCAGGCGGUGAGAGCAACUGUUUUGUGGAUGUCGUGGUUGGAUUUGAUAUCUCAAGUCAGCAGAGGGGGCAGACUUUGCUCGAGGGUCAGCCUUGGAUGGAGGCCUACCUCCAAGACAUCUUACGUGCCAUCAGCUCCCUCAAUGGGGUGAGCUGUGAGGUAGGCACCGAGACUCAGGUGAGCAUUGCUUUUCAAGUGACAAACGCUGUGGAAAGAUACCCCUCCAAGUUUGAGAUCUACAGCGACAACAUACUGAGCAGCCUGCAAGGUGUGACAGUCAAUGGCCCAUCCCGCCUCAACACAAACCUGCUGAGCUCUCUGUGGGACACUUUUCAGAAUAAGUCGGCUGCCCGAGGGAAGGUGGUCCUUCUGUUUUCAGAUGGAAUGGAUGAUGAUAUUGAAAAACUUGAACAGAAAUCUGAUGAACUCAGAAAGGAAGGCCUGAAUGCCCUCAUAACCAUUGCUGUGGAUGGAGCUGCCGAUACCAGUGACCUGGCUGACCUUCUCUACAUUGAAUUUGGGAAAGGAUUUGAGUACAGAACCCAGUUCACAAUCAGUAUGAGGAACCUUGGGAGCCAGCUGUCAAAGCAACUAAUCAAUGUUGCAGAAAGGACCUGCUGCUGUUUGCUCUGCAAGUGCACAGGAGGGGACGGCGCCACGGGGGAUCGGGGCCCAGCAGGGAAAAAGGGAUCCCCAGGUUUUAAAGGCAGUGAUGGCUACCUGGGAGAAGAGGGCAUUGCUGGGGAGAGAGGAGCCUCUGGACCAAUGGGAGAACAAGGUACUAAGGGAUGCUUUGGCAGCAAGGGGCCUAAGGGAGCCAGAGGACUCAGCGGAGAAGAGGGAGAAGUUGGGGAGAACGGCAUUGAUGGAUUGAAUGGAGAACAGGGUGACAGUGGGAUUCCUGGAAGAAGAGGAGAAAAGGGUGAUGAGGGAUCUCAGGGAAGUCCAGGAAAGAGAGGGGCUGCUGGUGACCGUGGAGCAAAGGGCCUGCGAGGAGAUCCAGGGAUUCCUGGACUUGACAAUGGCAUACAAGGACCCAAGGGCUUGAAAGGAGACCGUGGAAGACAAGGUAGAAGAGGCUGGCCAGGCUCUCCUGGGACACCAGGCUCCAGAAGGAGGACGGCAGUUCAUGGCCGAAGGGGACAUAUAGGCCCACAGGGCAAUCCAGGCAUCACAGGUCCAGAUGGACUUGAAGGCUGGCCCGGACUUAAGGGCCCUCAGGGCCCGAGAGGAAAGGCUGGUGAGAAAGGAGAAAGAGGAUUUCUGGGAAUGAAAGGUCCCCAGGGGCCUCCAGGACCCGGAGGACAAGCGGGGAAUCAAGGCCACUUGGGAAGCCAAGGAAAUAAAGGAGAACCUGGGGACCCAGGGGACAAGGGAGCUGCUGGCUUUCCAGGUCCUCGGGGCCUACAGGGUGAUGAUGGCAGCCCGGGAUACGGGAGCAUUGGCCGCAAAGGGACAAAGGGGCAAGAAGGAUUCCCUGGAGAAAUUGGACCGAAGGGUGAGACUGGGGAUCCAGGAGAUCCAGGAGAGGCUGGUCCCAAGGGAGCCAGAGGUCGAAUGGUUCCUGCUGGGCAGCCAGGAGAGCCGGGAUCCCCUGGGGAGCCAGGACCCCCUGGACGGAAGGGAAUAAAAGGGGCCCGAGGAGUGGCUUCAUUUUCCAUGUGUGACCUCAUUCAGUACGUGCGGGACCACAGUCCCGGCGGACGUGAGAAACUUGAGUGCCCUGUGCAUCCGACUGAGUUGGUGUUUGUCCUGGACCAGUCCCGGGAUGUCACGGAGCAGGACUUUGAACGGAUGAAGGGGAUGGUGGUUUCCCUAGUUAGGGAUGUCAAGGUCAGGGAGACCAGCUGCCCUGUGGGUGCACGUGUUGCCAUCCUCUCCUAUAACUCCCACGCCAGGCACGUCAUCCGCUUCUCAGACACCUACAGGAAGGACCAACUGCUCAGGGAAAUUGAAGCUCUUCCUUACGAGAGAUCCUCUGACAGCAGGGAUAUUGGCAAAGCCAUGAGGUUCAUCUCUAGGAAUGUCUUCAAGCGAACCCUGCCAGGGGCUCACGUGAGGAAAAUCGCCACGUUUUUCAGCAGUGGUCAGUCGGCUGAUGCCCAGGCCAUCACCACGGCUGCCAUGGAGUUCAGUGCCCUGGACAUUGUGCCGGUGGUGAUUGCGUUCAGCAACGUGCCCUCCAUCAAGCGUGCCUUUUCGAUUGAUGACACGGGCACAUUCCAAGUCGUCGUGGUUCCCUCUGGGACUGACGCAGCGCCAGCGCUAGAGCAGCUCCAGCGGUGUACUUUCUGCUAUGACCCAUGCAAGCCGGAUGCUGCUUGUGACCAAGCCAAACCACCCCCGGCACAGUCCUACCUGGAUGCUGCCUUCCUGCUGGAUGGCUCCCGGCACGUGGGGAGUGCAGAAUUUGAAGACAUCAGAGACUUCCUGGAGGCACUGCUUGAUCACUUUGAGGUCACUCCCGAGCCAGAGACUUCUGUCACUGGAGACAGGGUGGCCCUACUGAGCCAUGCUCCCCCCAACUUCCUACCCCACAGCCAGAGGAGUCCAGUUAGAAGUGAGUUCAACCUAACCACCUACAGCAGCAAGCGCCUCAUGAAGAGGCAUGUGGAGCAAGCAGUGCAGCCGCUGAACGGAGACACUUUCCUUGGCCACGCCCUCAAGUGGGCUCUGGACAAUGUCUUUUUAAACACACCCAACCUGAGGAGAAACAAAGUCAUAUUUGUGAUAUCGGCUGGGGAAACCAGCCACCUGGACGGGGACACCUUAAAGAAAGAGUCCCUACGAGCCAAAUGCCAGGGCUAUGCCCUCUUUGUGCUUUCCUUGGGCCCUGACUGGAAUGACAAGGAACUGGAGGACCUGGCCAGCCACCCUGUGGACCAGCACUUGAUUCAGCUUGGCCGGAUUCAUAAACCUGACCAUGGAUAUGGUGUGAAGUUUGUGAAGUCCUUUAUAAACUCUGUCAGGCGUGGGAUGAACAAGUACCCGUCUGUCAACUUCAAAGCCAAGUGCAGCAGACUCAGCCCUCCAGAUGCGAAGCUGCGCCCACACCAGUUUCAAAGCUAUGUCUCAGAACCACAGAAAGCUAUCCUCAAAGAGCACGCGUCAGAGGCAGCAAAGCUCUUUCAAGAUAAAAAACGCCUUUCAAGUGCACUGAGACGGGGCCGAGAUGCUAUUUCGAGUCUUUCCAGAAGCAGAUUCUAUACCUUUAAACACGGGAAAGGGGUGACCAAAGCUACGUUUGCACAUGGCAAAUGAAGUGAUCGAACAGCCUUGGGGAUUUAGCCAUGGUCUGACUCUGAACCAAACCUACUCCUGAACUCUGAGGUGCUUAACCGGCUGCACACCAGCAUCUGCAUGGCUGCUCUGGAGGAAGAACAAGCCCGUGGCUGGAGAUGAUCAGGUACCUCGACCCCUGCGCUCACGGGUAUUAAGGUGAAUCUUGUAGGUUUACUUGACGACUCCUGACAGACAAUCCCAGCACUCUGAGAAUGAUAGUUGGAACUAUUACCAUUAGGAGAUGGAACAAUGAAAGAUGUGUUUUGAAACGUUGAAUGGAGACCUAGUUUUGAAACUGAUUUUUUAGCAAUGUAUGUAUGUAAACUUUAAAUUGCAACCCUCUGCUAUUUUCCAAGCUGCCCCUUUAAUGUUCAUCUGUUUUCUCAGACAUUUAAUGUCGUGGAGAAACUGAUGCUGUUUGUAUGUCCUGGUUUUGGAAAUCUCACCUUCCUGACUUCCAUUUCAGCACUGUCUUGGCAGACUGGCUGGCCUGGGGCAGGCUAGAGUUGUCUGCCUGGUCUGGUAAGAAGCAGAGAGUGACUCUCUCCAGCUCUCGCUCUUCCUAAACUCUGAGAAACUCACCAGUUCUCCGGGAACCCCAGUCACACUCCUGGGCUCGGUAUUCUGUUCGGGACUUCCUGGCAAGCUGUCUCAGUGGAUCUCUGCUAAGGUCAUUUAUUGACUUUUACUAGUCCAUUUGUUCCCCAGACAGGAAGACCGACAAUACACAGUGCCAUGAUUUGAGCUCUGAGUUGCUUUACCCACUGGGUAGAGAGCAUCUGAGCCACAGUGAGCAGCACCAAGCAGGAUGGCAGAGCUCGGAAUGGCACUUAAAAGGCACUGAGCUUGGGGUGUAAGAAAACCCCUGAAACUUGAACAAACGCCAGAGGCUAGAGUAAGUCAGCAGGAAGUCUUAGAGUCCAGCCUCUCAAGUAUUCCAUCAUGGCUUUGUCUUCCAUCCCCACCCACUCCUUUAUUCUUAGGAUGAGGGUAUUUUCAACAACUAAACAUCAGAGCGGCACUAUGCUGAGGCCCACUGUUCAAACCUCACCUAGGUUCACAGCUGGCUCUCCAGCUAGCAGUGAUGGCGCCACCAGGCAGAAUGUCGGUCUUCAGAGAGGAAGCUGUGUGUGGAUGUGUGGGAAGUAGUUACUUCACCAGAGGUCAGCAGAGUGUGUUCAGAUUUCUUUCAGUACCUCUGUUCAGGGAAUCUGGAAGCAUGAACCAUGGGCAGUACUUUUUCCUUUAGAACGCUUUGUGCCGCCACUCCCGGGCAACUGCAUGCGUUCAGCUCCCAGAACUUCCUGAGGAGCACGAGGCCUGGGAGUGACAGCCAGUCUGUACUCAGGUGCACGUCGGCUUCAUGUAUCCUAAAGGUGCUUAGAGGUUCAGGAAGAUUCUGUGUCAUCAAGGGAAAUUGCUGAGCAAUAUUUAAGAGGGCUUUUAAAAGCAGGGGCUUUUCUAAGUAACUUUGGUUGAACAGAUACUUAUUGUUGGAGAUACUUUGAAAAUGUAUAUUUUUUCUGUGUUGGUAAGUAUAUAUAGUACAUUUAAAAAUUACUUGGUGAUUAAAAUUAUUUUAGCA